AUGAUCAAUAACGUUCCACCAGUUACGCCGGUUCCGAUGGCUCCGGCACAGCCCCCAACAGCUCCAACAAAUACACCACCGCAACAAGAAUGGAAACUAAAGUUUCCAGCAGUUCUUUCUGGUAUACUUUCUGUUUUUCAAUUCAUUCUUGCUUUUGCCAUUAUUGGAUGUGAAGUCGGUAGUAUGCUUAUCGAUAUUGUUACUGCUACAAUUUAUGUUGGCCUGUGGGCAGGUUCAUUUUUUAUUGUUGCAUGGAUUUCACAAUCAUCAGCAUCAUGUUGUUGUCGUGAACGUGGUUGUGCUUCAUAUGCACUUGUAAUGCAAUGUAUAUCGUUAUUUUUUGCAGCUUGUGUUAUUGGUUUUGAUGCUUAUUUUUUGAUAAAUACUUCUACAUGUUUUUUUCCAUCAUCAACAUGUGAUAGUUCCGGAUCUACACGAGGUGUAUUUUAUUCGACUUCAAAUUUUAAUGAUAUCAAAAUACCAUUAAUUAAAGGGCAAUUAGCUGCUGGUUGUGUAAUGUUUGUUUUAUGUUUGGUUUUUAUUAUUAUAUAUAUAGUAACAGCUAGUCGAGUGAAACAGGGUAAAACAACACCAACUGUUUAUCCCGAAGCACAAAAUACAUUGCCAGUUGUACCAACAGGACCUGAUGGUAUGAUAACUGCUCCACCAGUUAUGAAUAUUCGUUCACAAAGAACUGGUUCUCCUUUAUAUCAUCGUCCAACGAUGGUUGUUGAUAAUGGUGAUGGUCGUGCAAACGAUCUUGUAUGUCCAACUUGUACUACUACGAUGGCUGUAAGCGUACGAAAGAAACUACCAUAA